GCAAGUGUGGGUUCAGACUGUGAACAUGGUCAGCAUGAGGUUAGGGUCUCCUGUCCCUGGUAGGAUGUGGCAGAGGGGUCCAAGCAUAGUUGACAAGAAAGGGAGUGGGGCUCAGAUGACCAAAUCAGCUAAAGGCUCCUUCCAACCCUGAAUUUAUAUUAAUCUGGUUUCUCUGUGACUUAGGCUCUUAAUGCCUUAUCCAACUGGGCUCCUGGGACAUGAGAGGGAUGGAGGUGAAAGCUCAGGAAGGAAGAUGGAAAAAUAAGACACAUGAAGAAGGGGCACUUCCAGGGACACCAGCAAGGAAGGAGGCUGGGAAGGGGUUAAGGACACCAGAACGUUCUCUCUUACCACUGGGUGGGGAGGAUGCUUAUCACUUUGUGCUCUUUUGACAUUGUGUGCUCAAUGGCAGUGAAAACUCUUACAAGCCAUCUUGGGGAGGGAAGGGAGACUAGAAUGCUGAGUUCAGAGGCAGUGAGGGAGGGGUCUUUGGGGAGAUUACACUGGACUUUGCAGAGGACCUGGGAGGAAAUGAACCCCACAGAAGGCAAAGAUGGUUGGCUAGAGACCAGAGUAGCCAGGUCCAAGCCCCAGGGUCAUUGAGGGUAGUGGCCUGGGUCAGAGAAGGAUGCCCAGGUGGCUGUAUUAUCAGACACCCUGUGCUUCUCAAGACUUCCUUCUAGAGGACACAAUAUGGACUAAAUAAGUAAGUGGGGACUAUGGGAGGGAACUUUCCAGAGAGAAAAAACCUGGCCAGCUCUUGGGUCCUCACUUCCAAGAUGACAAAGAAAAAAAGGAACAGUGGUCACGCCAAAAAAGGCCAUGGCCAUGUGUAACCUAUGUGCUGUACAAACAGUGCCCACUGCAUGCCCACAGGCAAGGCCAUUAAGAAGUUCAUCAUUUCAAACAUAGUAGAGGCUGCAGCUGCCAGGGACAUUUUUGAAGUGAGUGUCUUUGACGCCUACGUGCUUCCCAAGCCCUACGUGAAACUAUGUUAUUGCGUGAAUUGUGCCAUUCACAACAAGGUGGUCAGGAGUUGUACUCAUGAAGCCUGGAAGGACCAAACACCUCUUAAUCCAAUUUAGACCUGCAGGUGCUGUCCCAUGACCUCGUCCAAAGCCCAUGUAAGGCUUUGAGUCCUUAAAGACUGAAGAAAAAUU